CAUCUGCGAUCGACAGCAGACGGAACGACCUAGCAAGCCUCAUUUCCGUGGUAAACUACGGUUUCUUCGUGGCAAGGUAAAAGACAGGUGUAAAAUCAUCCUAGAGGUUGUCUCCCCAGCAGUGAUGCUGGUGGCGUAGGGUCAGGGUGCGUCUCAUCUCCCAUGGCUGUUACCAGCAUGGACCCAGAGUCAGCCCGCACGUCACAGCCCCAGGGGUCCCUGGGUAAAGGAGGGGGCUCCCUGCUAUCUGGCAGGGGUUUGGGCUCUGCGCUCGGCCCUCGAGGGAAGCACUACGUGUGUGGCUCCAUAGCUGCCUUCACCAACAUCGUGGUGACCUUCCCCAUCCAGAAGGUUCUGUUCAGGCAGCAGCUUCACGGUGUGCGGGCCAGAGAGGCCGUCAGACAACUCCAGCGGGACGGGGUGAGGAAACUCUACAGGGGGCUGCUCCCUCCUCUCCUCCAGAAGACCACCACUGUAGCCAUAAUGUUCGGCCUGUACGAGGACUUCUCCCGGGUCUUACUGGACCAGGUGCCCACUGGCAGCGGCAUUCCCGAGCUGGUGACGCGGAGCUCCGCGGCGGCGCUGGCAGGUACGGCAGAGGCUGUCUUGACGCCGUUUGAGCGUGUGCAGACUCUCCUCCAGGACCAUCGGCACCACGGCCGCUUCCACAACACGGCCCACACCUUCCGGACGCUCCUAAGCGAGUACGGUGUGAAGGAGUGCUACCGCGGUCUGGUGCCGGUCUUAAUAAGGAACGGGCCCAGUAACGUGUUGUUCUUCGGGCUCCGCGGGCCCAUCAAGGAGCAGCUCCCUGAGUCCUCCAGCCGGGCUGGCAACCUGGUCAAUGACUUUGUGUGUGGAGGGGUGCUGGGGGCGGCGCUGGGGAUCAUGUUCUACCCGCUGAAUGUGGUGAAGUCGCGGGCCCAGUCCCAGGUGGGGGGUGCUUUCCGCCCCUGUGGGGAGGUGUUGAUGACGGUGUGGAGGGAGAGGGGUGGCAGCGUGGCCAUGCUGUUCAGAGGGGCACACCUCAACUACCACCGCUCCCUUCUCUCCUGGGGCAUCAUCAACGCGACAUACGAGCUUCUGCUCAGUGUACUUAAGGGGGAGAUAGAAAGUGAGGGGGAUAGAAAGUGAGGAGGAGAGCGAGAAAAAUACUUGGGAAAGUGUUGUUUGAGGGGGAAGAUGAUCGUAGUUGGUGCUGUCUUUUUGUUUGAAACUCUAAUGUGCCCACUGCCCACCCAAACAGGUCCAGAUAGUGUUUUUUUUUGUGUGUGUUUUUUACAUUUUAGUCAUUUAGCAGACGCUCUUAUCCAGAGCGACUUACAGUUAGUGAGUGCAUAAAUUUUUCAUACUGGCCCCCCGUAUGUAGGGGGUAAGUGUCUAUGGCAGUUUAAUGGGGGUAAGCCUUUGUUAGAGUGACCAAGAGCACCUUUCAAAUAACUAUUCAUUGUGUUGACCAGUGCUUUGAUCUGUGUGCAUUGAUUAUUAGUCCUUUCAACCCCUCUCCUUUCCCUACUCUGGUCCUCUAACUGUGAACUCUGGUAUACUGAUUGUUGUCCAACUAUUUACCAUGUCGGUCAUCUUGGAAUAUGCACUGAUUCGACCCAUAGAGAAUGAUAGAGGCCUCUAGUGGCCAAAAGGCAGUUUUAGCAUGGGCAGCACCAAUGAGGGCUUCCAC